CUUCAUGCAAACAGAAAACAUUGAAUAAUUUUUAUAACCAAUACAGAUUACAGAAUAGAACUUAGGUAGUUUUAAAACAAAAUUUCGUAAAAUGACUGAGAUCGAGAUGCGUUUGAAAAUAGGACCCAGGGAAGGCGUAGUUUAUCCACUAAUAGUGCAAUACUGCGGUAACUGUUCAAUGCCAAUCGAAUAUUGUGAAUAUUAUCCAGACUACGAAAAAUGUAAGCAAUGGUUAGAAAAAAAUCUUCCAAGCGAAUUCGAAAAGGUUAAAAUAGAUGAUGGUGCCGACGGUGGCGGUGGUGAAGAAGACAAAAAAAGGCAAAAGCGGGGUGGGAAAGGCAUGAUGAAAACAAAGAAAAAAGAUGAAGGUCCAAAAAAAAUAUGUUUGUCUCGUGCUCCUAGAGCAAAGAAAAAAUCUGUAACAGUUGUAACAGGAUUAAAUACAUUUGGAAUUGAUUUGAAAAUGGCAGCAAAAUUUUUUGGUACAAAAUUUGCUUGUGGCUCCUCGGUUACAGGAGAAGAUGAAAUCGUUAUUCAAGGAGAUGUUAAGGAUGAUCUCUUCGAAGUUAUUCCAGAGAAAUGGCCAGAAAUUGAAGAAGAUUUCAUAGAAGAUUUGGGAGAUCAAAAACGUUGAUAAUUUUGUAAUUUAUAACAAUUAUCCCACAUAAAAAAUUAUUUAAUUGCAAAAUAUAAAACGGUUUAUUUUUAUUUUGUUCA